AUGUCCUUUGAGCUCCUCCCCGCAACCCCCACAGACUCCCCCGCCCUAACAACCGUCUUCCUCGCCGCCUUCCGCGACCCCUUCAACCAGCGCCUGUUUCCAUGCACCCCAGACGUAACGGCCUACUGGACCGCCCAAUUCACCUCCUUCAUCAACAACCCACACAAGACCGUCCUCAAGGUAAUCGACUCAGCAGAUGGGGCCAUCGUCGCGUUUGCCGUGUGGCAGCUCCCAGUUCAAUCCUCCCCCGAGGAUGUCCCCUUGAAACAUUCGCAUUCGCAUGCAGGCGAUGAGCAUCACUACCCCGCUAGUUCCGACAGGGAGCUGUGCGAGGUAUUCUUUAGUGGAAUGGCGGAGAUGAAGCGGAAGAUUAUGGGUGCUCGGCCUCAUUACUAUCUGGAGAUGCUGGGGACCAGACCGGAGUACGCUGGGCGGGGACUCGCGUCGAGACUGCUCCGGUGGGGAUUGGAGAGGGCUGAUGAGGUGGGACUGGAGACGUAUCUGUCGGCGUCGCCGGUGGGGAGGCCGCUGUAUGAGAAGUUUGGGUUUCGGUUGGUGGAGGAGAGGGAGGUGGUGGGUGGGUAUGUGCAGGGGUAUAUGCUUCGGGCCGGCCCGGCUGGGAGGGAUAAUUGA